GCGCAAGAAAAUAAUUGCCAUCCAAAUUGUCAAAUUCCCAAACCCAAAAUUCACUGGCCAGAGAAAAAUCUCUUUUCUCCUUCUCCACUAGAAUUUGAGAAGUGGAAAAUCCAUUAUUUCUUUUUGGAGUUCUCAAAUAGAAAACGACUCUCCUGUUCACUCUUACUGUCACUUAUAUAUCAUCACCAACCUUUUGUUUUUGGCUCUACUUCCUCUCCUCUAUCAUAAACCUCAAGUGGGUUUUUGUUGUUUGGCUAAUUCAUUCCCUCUGAAGCUCGGAAUUUGCGCUAUAACAAAUGGGUUGUUAGCGUUUUGCUUGUUCUUCAAUUGGGUUUGUGACGUUUGUCAGCAAAUUGUUGUCUUGGACUGGUUUUCAUUAUCAUUUUGGUUAGAUCGUCUUUUGUGUCUCUGCAUGUGUGUUUAAGAGGGGAAGGGAGAGAGAGAGAGAGAGAGAGAGAGAGAGAGAGAGAGAGAGAGGAAGAGAUUAGAGUAGAAGAAGAUGUUGAACUUCAGGGAGAUUGGGACUAAGAAAACAUUGGUGGGUCUUGGUUUGGGGCAGUUUCUUUCACUGCUCAUCACUUCUACUGGAUUUUCAUCCUCUGAACUUGCCAGAAGAGGAAUUAAUGCACCAACUUCUCAGUCUUUUCUGAACUAUGUGCUCUUGGCCAUUGUAUAUGGAAGUAUUAUGCUAUUUCGGAAGAAAGCGCUUAAGGCAAAAUGGUACUACUAUGUAAUCCUGGCAAUAGUGGAUGUAGAGGCCAACUUUCUUGUGGUGAAGGCCUAUCAGUACACAUCUCUUACAAGUGUCAUGCUGCUGGAUUGUUGGUCAAUUCCAUCUGUUAUGUUUCUUACCUGGCUUUUCUUGCAUACAAAGUAUAGAUUCAAGAAGAUUUCUGGAGUAGUAGUUUGUGUUGCUGGACUGGUCUUGGUUGUUUUUUCUGAUGUUCAUGCAGGUGACCGAUCAGGGGGGAGCAAUCCUCGUAAAGGGGAUUCUCUCGUUAUUGCUGGUGCAACGCUGUAUGCUGUUAGUAAUGUCAGUGAGGAGUUUCUUGUGAAGAAUGCAGAUAGAAUUGAACUCAUGUCUCUGCUGGGGUUUUUUGGUGCAAUAAUUAGUGCUAUCCAAAUAAGCAUUCUUGAGCGCAAUGAGCUUAAAUCUAUUCACUGGUCAGCUGGGGCUGCUCUUCCAUUUGUUGGAUUUGCACUGGCAAUGUUUCUGUUUUACUCAUUUGUCCCUGUCCUGCUUAAGAUUAGCGGGUCAACAAUGCUCAACCUGUCUUUGCUAACAUCAGAUAUGUGGUCUGUCUUAAUUCGCAUCUUUGCUUAUCAUGAUAAGGUUGAUUGGAUGUACUACGUAGCAUUUGCUGCUGUUGCUGUUGGGCUGGUCAUUUAUUCAGGGGGUGACAAAGAGGAACAAAACCGUGCGGAUGUUGCUGAUGAAGAGGCUGAGCAAAGCAAACAUUUUGAUGAGGAGAGUGGUUCUGGGAGUCGGAGCCAAGGAACUUUAGCCGGGAGCUCAAAAACAGGGGAUAGCAGCAAUCAAGACCCUGCUACCACUGGCAUUCGAGAAAAGCACGAAAAUGAAAACAAGAAUGUCGGCAAGAUGCAUUAGAGAAGAAAUCAUAGUUCAGCUUCUUUGAUUAUAAAUUGGAAGCUUAAAUUGGAAGCUCAAAUGUAAUGGCUGCCGCUCCAUAAAGUGUGGAUGUCAGCUGCUAUAGAAUUUCCAUUCACAAAUUGGGGUGAGGAGGGAAUAAACUAUCCUUUCCCUUACAAGCUUAUUUUUUUUUCUUCACUUUAUCUACAUGCAACUGUUUAGAAGAACAUUAUUUAGAUGGUUAGUUUUGAGUAUUUGGUCAUAUUUGGUUAGUUUCAACUAACUUUGAAUUUAGAAAAUGAAAUUGUUUUAACAAGAGCAUAA